AUGAAGGCAAUGCAACUAAGAGAGAAGAAGAAGAAGCAGAGCCUUCAGCCCGCGCUUCCAUCUCCACCUGCGACCGUGUCCGAAGUUUCUAGCAUACGGGAAGAGCCUGUUCCAGCUGAGGUCAUUCCAGAAGAGACUGAGGACAAUGAAUCUCAAGACCUUCCAUCUAUGCUUCAGGUUGACAGGUUGUCCAUGUCAAAGGCGGACUCAGGUAUUGAUGUUGCUUCGUCAAUACAUAACGACCAUGUAUCUGUGGAUUCUCAGCUAGACUCGCAUCCUGCAUCACCCAUCGGCGCCUCUUCCGAGAUUGGCGACUCAACCAAGGCUUCUUCAUUAUCGGAGUCGACGGAUGAGACGGUGCAUGUGAAUGAGGAAAAGCCGGUGCCCCAGGACGACGACGAGGAACCGGAAGCAGAUGUUAAUGAAAAAAUCACCGGAGACGACAACGAAAUCAACGAGGAAGAUACUCCCAUUGCCGAGGUCCAGGACGUAGAAGAGACCAUUGAAACACACGAGGUCCCGGCGGAAGAGAAGGUUGAGGAGGAAGUUGAAAACGACGAGCCGACUGUCGAAACAGAAGUCUUGCCUGUUGAGACUGAACAAAAGUUACCAGAACCGAGUCCUGUUCUCCCAAUCUCAAAAUUCGCUGCCAGGGCCCAGGACUUGCCAGAAGUUAUGGAGUCAAUUGAACGGGACCCCGAGGUAUCGGAACCUACUCACGUUUCUGACCUGAAGCAAGAUGAUGUAAAGAGCGCCUCGCCCGUCUCACCGCAGUUCAAGCUACCGAAGUCCAAGUUCUCCACUCAGGACAUGACUUCCAUCGCGAGUCCUGCAGUUCCCGCUAUUGUGACACCUCCCGAGGAGGCCAACGAGGAGGCGGCACCGGAGCACGUUAUCGUCGCAAAGGCUUCUAUUGAUGUCGAGACAGCUUCCAUUGACAGCAAACGCUCUAAGCGGAGGGCUCUCGUGGAACCGAUUAAGACAAAUCUGGAACUUCCCGAGAGGGACAAUGGUCUCUCAGAUGACGAUGACUUGAUGGACGAACUACAAGAUGCGGUAGUAGAAGAGGCGAAGCCGAUAGCCGUGUCAAAAUCACCAAUCAGCCCAGUGUUCGCCUCAAGUCCUCCGAAGCAGACACCAAGAAUCGUGCGCACGGUGUCGAAUCCGAUCAGAGGUCCUCUUCUGGCACCUGGCGAUGUGUCCACAAGCUCAGCCAGGUCGCUCUCAGGUGGCGCGGCCUUCUUGCACAAGCUCACGCAACAGCAGUCUUCAAGUCAUCUAGCGCCCAAGACUGGCAAGAUUGGAUCCAACAUUUCACAACGGAUCAAGGCACUUGAAAUGCUGUCAGUCAGUAGCGGCGCCCCUACUGAAGGAGUACCUAAGGAAAGGCCGUCUUCUGCUUUCUUCUCUGUUCGCAGAGGCAGCGUUCGCGAUCCUGCACGCUCCCCGUCUGUUGCAGAGCGCGCCAAUUCUCUGACCAGGGGAGGCUUAACUCCUUCUCCACCACGGUCAAGGGAAACAUCCCCUGAAGAGAAUAAGGCUCCUUCUCGAGAGCGGUCUGCGUCUGUGGCUAGUCGGUUGUCUAUGUUCGAAGGAGGGAAUGCACCGCGUGGUAGGCCUGAUUCGGUCCAGGUCACCGCGCGCAUUAUCCGUGACCCAAGCCAACCCUUCCCCAAGACACCGGAGCUGCGGACGGAUUCGACGGAGUACACUCCGGUGGAAUUCAGACAAUCCACACUGAUUGUGGAUCUCCAAAAAUCUGCCCCGUCUCUGGCGCCUUCCCCUGCGCCUGCCGUUCUGGCUGAGCCUCCUCAGGAGCCUCGUCCGUCUAUCCAGGAACGGCGAUUGUCGAAAGACAAGAAGCGACGGUCUCAGUCAGAGGACCGCACAGAAGAUAAGCUAGAGGGUAAUCGUCCACGACGCCGGUCUUCCUUGUCUAUUGUUAAGGACUUCAUUAAGGAGCGCCGGGGAUCGUUGAUUGGCAAGUCGCCUUCCACUGACAACCUCAACCUUACGUCUCCUGCUCUGUCAACACCAGGAACCGGGAGGUCGCCCUCUCGGCCUCCAUCAGUACACACGAACACGGGCUUCACUGGGCGGUUGAGCAUCAGCAGCCGACGAUCAUCGAUCAGCCGGGAUAACGUGAUCACCCCUCCCACACCUGGCAAUCCCCUCUCUCCCUCUUUGAUGACGGAGACGAGCGGAUCUGGUGAUGAGAAGCAGUCUGAUAGGAAAUCCAUCAGCGGUAGCUCCACUAAGGAUGGGAAGAGCCGCGCCAGUCGCUUCAUGCGGCGCCUCUCGAGCUCGCUGAGCUCGGGCCGGAACAAGCUGCCACCCUCUAUCUCUCCGACCGUUACUGAGGAAGACGCUGCCGAGGUCGAGGCCAGCAUUGGCGUCCCACCAUCGCGCGGCAGCAUUAACCCCAACGUCCCGAGCAUCGUUGCAUACUUGGGAGAUGUGAAUGUUCAGUUCCCGGACAACCUCCUCUGGAAGCGACGGACAAUGUGCUUGGACUCGCAGGGGUUCCUCAUCCUCAGCGCCGUCCAGGGCGUCACGGCCACUACGACAGCAGCGGCUAUGGGCCGCGAGAAGCAGGCUGGUGCGAUCAAACGCUACCAUCUCAGUGACUUCCGUCAGCCAUACACGCCGGAGAUGGAAGUGCAGGAACUGCCCAACAGUGUGUGCUUGGAUUUCGUAGACGGGUCUGGCUUGCAAAUUGCUUGUGAGGACCGUGCCGGGCAGCUGAACGUUCUGCAUAGUAAGUUGUUCUUUGCUGAAGAUGAAAGGGAAGGGUUUACUGACAGCAUGUAG